AGGGAAGGCCUCUGUGGCCUCUCCCCGCCCACGAGGGGAGUGAGUCGGAGGAGACGGAGCAGAGUUUCACUGGAGACAGAAAAUACUCUGAUUUUCGUCCUCGUUUUCUCUUAAAAGACGGCCGUCAUGAUCACAUCAAAACUUCCCAUAGAUCUAUUUUUAAAGCGGAAAUGUUUAUCAUCAAGAAUGGCCGCGUCGUUUUAACACUACUAUGGAUACAUUACGGUGAAAGAAGAAGUUAAAAACUUUCCCAUUCUCCGAUCCUCGGAGCGCAGCACAAUGGACUCCGGACAGAGGAAGCGCUCCGGAGGAGGGAGGCUGUGGAGGCUCUGCGUUUAUCUAGCUUGCCUCUCCUGUGCGACCGCCCAGCUCAGCUAUUCUGUAUCGGAGGAACUAAGCCCGGGCUCUGUCGUUGGGAAUAUCGCUAAAGAUUUGAGCCUCACUGCUGAGGGGAUUGUUCAAAGGAAGUUGCGGGUGGUCUCGGAAUCCACAACGCAGUAUUUUGAGGUAAAGCAGGCGACCGGAGAUUUGGUUAUUAAACAAAGAAUAGACAGAGAGCAAAUGUGCGAAUUAAGUUCAUCGUGUUCACUACACCUUCAAAUACUUCUGGAGAAUCCUUUAGACAUUCAACGCGUCGUGGUGGACAUUCUGGAUGUGAAUGACAAUGCGCCGCAGUUUUCAACCAGCAACAUUUCUCUGGAAAUAUCAGAGGCGGCGGCGCCGGGGACCAGGUUCCGUUUGGAGAGCGCACAUGAUCCAGACGUGGGGACCAACUCUUUACGCACUUACCAUCUCGCAGCAAAUGACUUCUUUAUAUUGAAUGUGGAAUCUAAAAGUGACGGCAGUAAGUUUCCAGAGCUAGUGGUGGAUAAAGCUUUGGACAGGGAGACGCAGGCCUCGUUUCGCUUGUUGCUCACUGCUGUAGAUGGGGGACAGACGGAAAGAUCUGGCUCAACACUUCUGCUCAUUAAAAUUUUGGAUGUAAAUGACAAUGCGCCCGUCUUUGACGAGCCGGUUAAGAAAGUUAAACUAUUAGAAAAUGUUGCACGGGGCACUUUAGUAACAAAACUGAACGCGACUGAUGCGGAUUCGGGUAACAACGGAGACAUAUCUUUUCUAUUUAGUAAAUACACACCGGAACGCGUUGUCAGUCUUUUCAGUGUGGAUUCUAAAAGCGGGGAGAUUCGCGUGAAGGGUGAUGUGGAUUAUGAGAAAGCCGCUGCAUACCACAUCACAGUGCAGGCCAGAGAUGGUGGCUCUCCAGCUAUGGAGGGCUCCUGUAACGUCAUAAUAGACAUCAUUGAUGCAAAUGACAACGCACCAGAGGUGACACUGACGUCACUGACGAGUCCCAUCCAAGAGGACUCAGCACCAGAGACUGUGAUAGCGCUUAUAAGUGCCCGGGACCUGGACUCUGGUGUGAAUGGGAAGGUUACAUUAACUGUCCAACCAGGUUUGCCAUUCAAACUUAAUUCAGCUUUUGGCAUGCAUUACAGUCUCAUCACUACUGGGAACCUGGACCGUGAGACUGUCCCAGAGUACACAGUGGUCAUCAAGGCCACUGAUGCUGGUUCCCCUCCCCUGUCAUCACAAACCACCUUUGUGGUGGAGCUUUCUGAUGUAAAUGACAACGCCCCCAUUUUCUCUCAGCCUUCAUACUCUGUGGACAUCCCAGAGAACAAUGCUCCCAGUGCCCCAAUCACUGCAGUGUCAGCCACUGAUCCAGACCUUGGUGACAAUGCUCGCAUUUCCUACUCCAUACUUCACAGCAUGGUCCAGGGUUCACCCAUCUCUUCUUAUGUCUACAUUAACCCAGAGAGUGGCCACAUCUACAGCAUGCGCUCUCUAGAUCAUGAACAGCUUAAGGCUUUCCGUAUUGAGGUGCAGGCCCGGGAUGCUGGGGUGCCCCCACGGACAGCUAACGUCACUGUGCAUGUGUUUGUGGUGGAUGUGAAUGACAAUGCACCAGUGGUUGUACACCCCUCCUUCCCAAAAGACAAAAGAUUACAGCUCACUGUGCCUCCAUCUGCCGGCCCAGGGCACUACAUAAAUAAACUUGUAGGGGUGGAUCCAGACAGUGGGCACAAUGCAUGGUUGUUUUACUCCAUCGCCCCUGGACCAAAUGCUGGCAUGUUCCGUAUUGGGGCACACACCGGUGAGCUCCGCACAGCCCGCAAGUGGGCUGAGGAGGAAGCGGGCUCAACUUAUGACAUUGUGAUCAUCAUUCAGGACAAUGGUGACCCACCAAAGUCCAGUUCUGUGAACAUUACAGUCACUGUGGAUGAAAAGGGUGCAGACAACGAUGCUCCAACAAGGCCUCGUCACACACCUUUCUCCAAUCGCACUGGGAUGUCGGACAUCACCCUGUACCUCAUCAUCUCCCUAGCUUGUGUGUCAGCUGUGUCCUUCAUCACCUUUGUCAUCCUCAUGGUACGCUGCCUAAGGCACCGUGGCCCAGGGCUGGGAGAUUCUGACUGCUGCUGCUACGGUCGCCACAGGCCCAGCCGCUACCAUCAGAGGCCCAGCAAAGACCUGCACCUGCAGCUCAAUACUGAUGGACCCAUACGCUAUAUGGAGGUUGUGGGAGGCUCUCAGGACCCACACACACGCACCUACAGGCCCUGCUACUCCACCUUAUCCAGCCGGAGUGACUUUGUAUUCAUGAAGACACCCAUGCUGAGUCACAACAACACACUCAACAUGACACUCAGCAGGAAGCACCUUAUGAACUCAGCCAGUGAGCAAAAGCCUCCCAACAAUGACUGGCGCUUCACACAGGGACAGAGACCCGGACCUAGCGGUCCCCACAUGCCGUACGGUACACACAUACGAUGGACGCCGAAGAGUGGGACAAGGGCAACUGGAGGACCUGAGGUUGCCAUGGGAACUGGCCCCUGGCCCCAGCCCCCAACUGAGGCUGAGCAGCUCCAGGCCCUGAUGGCUGCAGCUAACGAAGUGAGCGAGGCUACAGCCACCCUGGGACCUGGCACCAUGGGCCUGAGCACCCGCUACAGCCCACAGUUCACCCUGCAGCAUGUGCCCGACUAUCGCCAGAACGUCUACAUCCCCGGCAGCACGGCCACCCUCACUUCCAACCCCCAGCAACAGCAGGCCACGGCCCAGCAGGCCACCCAGCAGGCGCUGCCUCCACCCCAGGCCUCGGCCCAGCCUGAGCCCCCGAAGGCCGCCCAGACACCUGCCUCCAAGAAGAAGUCCACCAAGAAGGAGAAGAAGUAGAGCUGGACGGAGAGAGGUGGAGGAAUGAUAAACCCGGCCUGAUCUGAUAAGAAAAUCAACCCCCCAUACCCUUCACAUUAGGUAUCUUACUGCUCCGCUGUCUCUCAUAACCACGGUCUAAAUAAUGACAGCAAAUCACUUUUGACCACAUGGACGUUGUUGAUGGUUCUUUGGAAGAGUGUCUUGAAGAAUCAGAAUGUGCUGAAGGCUGUUACUGGUGUUGAUAACUCAUGCUGUGCUAAAGGUCAAGUAUUUCUCACGUAAUCAUUGUCGGUGGAUAAUAUUGGCAGGGUAUGGGGGGUUAUAGUGAUUUUUGUUUUGUUUUUUUCUUUUGGCAAAAUCAAAUAAACUUUGACAAAGAGAUUCAGUGUAACGAACCUUGCUGGGAUGACAAGGCUGUACGCAGUGAUGUAUUCACAGGUGAAAUGUUAGUGUCUUUCAUGUUGGAUUUAUUGUGCACUUUCCCUGAGGUGGAAAGUCAGCUAUUGUAAAGUACGCUAGUUGCCAUCCAUUAGAUUCCAAUAUAGGGUCAGCCUUGCAGGGUCUUGAAGUAAGUCCUGUGGAUAUAAGGCUAUUGUUUGACAGGUAUUACAAACUUUUCUGCAUGCUCUUUAAAGGUUCAAACCACAUAUACUAGUUUAGAGUUGCAAACUAUGCAUUGCAAAAGCAAAGAGGAGGACAUCCUGAAUCUGUUAUCCUCGCUCCAAUCGCAGGUCAACAUAAUGCACAUGUAGCAUUUACUUGACACAAAAUUAAAAUUACUUUUGUAAUCAUAGUUUAAAAAAAAAAUACAACUUCAAUCUCCUGAUAUUUUUAUGACCUGAGCAUGCAUUCAGAGGAAGGGCUGGCAGAGGGUCAGGUGGCGUGAUAUUGUGUCAUGCAGUCACAAGCCAUGCUGUCCAUGCAGGUGGUAUAGCAGCAGGGACUGGCAUCUUGUAUAACACCUCCAGAUGGGCACAAACAUGUCCUGCACCCUCUACCCUCCCCUCUUCACACCCAACUCGUGUCCCUCCCCCUCACUCACUACCCCACGUUGAGAGCCAAACAAAGAGAAAUGCACUGUUCGUAUUCUGAUGAUGUAGGGGUAGUAAUCACUUCAGUCUUUAGGGAAACGCAUAGAUGUGGUAAACUUAAGUGCUUAGGAGUUUCUAGACACUUGCAAGCCGCUAGAGUAUUUGCCCUCACUAUCCUGAAGUGUUGAAGAAACUUCUUGAUGUGACACAGUAACAUGUUUUUUUUCUUUGGGAGAUAAUGAUUCGAUAGCAUAGAGGAAUUGUUUGUAUAAGAUAUGAAGUCUUUACUUUGCCGUCCAUCUGUCUGUCAGGCCUCUGGCCAGAUACAACUGCAUGAGAAAAGGCAGCUUGCAGGCUGGGUCAGGGGGAGUGGAGGGGAUGUGGUGAGGGGUACACAGACUGAGGCAUCACCAUUACAUCAACCAGAGGGGUGGGGAAACAACCUUGGCUCUACCCACUGAAUGUACAGAGGAACCACUGUUGACCUGCCCACCCCUUAAACCUUCUCUAAUGCACUGACCCAGGUAGAGGUCAACAGAGCCAAGCACAUCUGUCCCUGUUGGUGAGAAGAUACCACUCAAGAGCCCUUUGAAAUAUCCCUCCUCCAUUGAAAUCAAUGGAAAACCUUAGCCUCUCUACCACUCACCUCUCCCCUCCACUCCCUGGUCCUGUGAGGCUCUUCCCCACUGUAAAUAAACACAAGUCCUGUCGAUGGUAUGAGCCAGUUGUUUGUAAAGUAGGGACCACGUCCAACAUUUUCAAAAUAAAAGUCCCUCUCCACAAGGCGUGGCUUACUACUGGAAUGUGUUGCAUUUUGUUUUUCAAGAAAAAUAAGAAAAUCACGGUUAAAAAAAAAAAAUCAAUAAUGAAUAAAAAUCUGAGAUGUUCUUCAACAGUUUGUGUUGCAAUGUAGUAACUAAGCACCAUGGAAGCCAACUAACUCUUCAGUGUAAAUAAAUGAAUUAAAGAUAACUUUAGAUAAGUAAACAAAGUGACACACGUAGACUAGUUAACUUGUGAUAUGUGUUGCGCAUAUUUUUGUGUUCAUUUUCUCUCUAUCUUUUUUCACCCUGUAAAGAAACAAAAAAAAAAAAAUAUGAAAAUGUUUCUAUCCUUCUGUAACCUCUUAAUGUUCUUUUGCGGUGAUUUUAUCUUGUGCAUUUGUGAAAGAAUGCCUCUCAUUCUCUUUCUGUCCAUAUGAACAAAUGAUUAUAAAUAUUAUAUAUGUGUAAGUCCGUCCGCUGCUGAAUUAAUACUACUCUAUCCUGCUGUAUUAUCUUUCUUAUCAAAUGCUUAGCCCCCACGCUUUACCCCUGUGUUACUCUUAUUUUUAUGCUAAUAUUUAUAUUGCUGUUUUAUUUUCUCUUGAACACUGACAUUUCAAAUAAAAGAUUCUGAAAUCAUUUAAGAAA